AUGGUGUUUAAAGAGUGUAAAGUGUUUUUGGUUGGAGAUAGUAAAGUUGGUAAAACACAAAUUAAACUGAGGUUUUGUCAGGGAAUAUUCGUGGAAAAUUAUAAUCCGACUAUGGAAGACCAAAUGAGAAAGCAAGUUGAAGUUGAAGGUGUACAAUUUCUUGUUGUGAUACUCGACGAUCAUUCGAGUACAACAGAAUUCACUGCAAUGAGCGACCAGUACUACAAAAACGCUGAUGGGUUUAUUGUAGUGUUUUCUCUUGACAAAGAAGAAUCAUUUGAAAAUCUUUAUAAAUACAAAGAGGAAAUUUUGAGACACAAAGAUAAAGACACUUUUGGUGAUAUUCCUGUUGUAUUGUGUGCUAAUAAAAGUGAUUUAAAAUUUGAAAGAAAAGUAGACUCAUAUAAAUGUGAAAAAUUAUCAACUGAGUGGGGUGUCCCUUAUUUAGAAAUAUCAGCAAAAACAAAUAUCAACAUUGAAAACGCAUUUAAAGACGUUUUAAAGCAAGUUAUAAACAAAGUUGGUGUAAAUCUAUCAUCGAAGCGAAGUCAAUGUGUUACCAUUUAA